AUGAGGAUCUACAAGCUGGGUUCCCUGUGCCUUUCGUGCUCGUUUUUGCAAGGGAGAUUGUGUCGGUGGAUCACCGGUGGAACGAGCACGGACUGGGAGGAGACAAUUACAGGGGGCUGUGCAGGGAUUUGCAUCUGGGUCCGAUGA